CGACAACACCAACAUUACGAUCAUCGCCAAUCCAGCUCGCCGCAGAACCCUCUGCUGUCUCCCGGAACCUCCGAGGAGCUCUUUUUCGAAUACUGCUGUCGUACGCGUGCGCUGAACCACAGCCUCGACGGCUGCAAUUGCUGCCGAGAUGGGUCGAUGGACACAGCUCCUCGCGGUGUUAUUAGCGACGAUAGCACUUGCGAAUGCUGUUGAAAUCAAGAUUACGCAAGACGAUACCCAAAAAUGCUCCGGCAUGUACAGCAAGAAGUCCUGGGGAGGCAACGUGGAACCCUUCAUCCUCGUCAAGUUCAUAAAAGCCGACACAAAAGGAGACGACGCUGCGGACCCGCUCGUGAGCAUAGUGAUAUGGGAAUGGAAGGAUUCAGAUCUCAUUGGAAAGCCGCCCGGCGCUCCUCCGGACGAGCAAAAAUUCAUCUGCAACGACGAGACGAUCAAGGAUAACCUCUGUAAUGCGACUCACAAAGGCGAGUUUAUCCUCGCAGACAACGCGGCCACCGUGUCGAAGAACUUCAUCAGGACAGAUGCUGUACACCUCAAGGCACCCGCGCCUAUCAAGUACCCCAUCACAGCGAGCGAUGCCGGAACCACAAUGUUCCUCCGGACUGGCUACUACUGCGUUGCUACAGCUCCAUACAUCGACGGACAGGAAUACACUGCCGUCUUGGAAUUCCGGAACGCCUACGGAGAGCUUCCAGCGGCAGAAAUUGCCAAGCUGCCAUUUUACGGAGGAAUCACAAUUCUAUACGCCGUCAUUGGGGUUUUCUGGGGAUUUCUAUAUUUCCAGAACAGGAGUGACAUUCUGGCGGUCCAAAAUUACAUCACGGCCAUCAUUGUCUUCUUAGUCGCCGAAAUGUUGAUGACCUGGGGCUUCUAUGACUACCGGAAUCGCCAUGGAGACAAUGUCGGAGCAAAGGUGCUCAUGAUUAUUGUCGCUGUUCUCAAUGCCUUCCGGAACUCCUUCUCGUUCUUCCUGUUGCUGAUUGUCUGCAUGGGCUACGGAGUGGUUAAGCCCUCAUUAGGAAAGACCAUGACGAUCGUAAGGUGGCUGGCCGUCGCACACUUUGUCUUCGGUGUUGUCUACGCCGUUGCAUCUCUUACCAUCCACCCCGAUGAUGCUGGUCCUCUCGUCCUCCUUGUCAUUCUUCCUCUCUCGGCCACCCUCACGGCAUUCUACAUCUGGACCCUGAACUCUCUCAACAUGACGAUGAAGGACCUCACGGACAGGAAACAACACGUCAAAGCUAUGAUGUACAAGAGACUUUGGUGGUGCAUCUUGACUUCCAUUAUUGUCAUUUUUGGAUUCUUCUUCAUCAAUAGCUUCACCUUUGCCGGCGCUCGAAGCCCAGAUUUUGCUCCUACCCACUGGCAAACUCGAUGGUUCAUUCUGGAUGGAUGGCUCAAUUUGGUAUAUCUGGGGGAUGUCUGCUUCGUUGCCUACAUCUGGCGACCAACGGCGAACAACAGGCGAUUUGCCAUGAGUGAUGAGAUUGCCCAAGACGACGAAGGGUUCGAGAUCGCAUCCCUCCGCGACUCCCUCGACGAAGAGGAAGGCUCCUCCAGCAAUCCACCUGCCUACGACCCCGCCCCGCGACAGGGUCGCCAUAGCGCGAAUCGCGACGUAUCACCGUUACCGGCGCCCACACCACAAAAGCCGAUAGCGCGUCCAAGGGAGAGUCUGGACGGCGACACCAUCUUCGCCGUCGGUGAAGACGAUAAGUGGAGCGAUGACGAGGACAUGGAGCCGGCGAGUCCAGACGGUGACGAACGAAGGGGGUUGACCAAGAAGGGUGACUAGAUCUCUGGAUCUAGGGAUGGGAUGUUAGGAUGCGUUGGAGAGGGGUUUGGGUUGGGCUUCAUUGUUGCUUGUUGUCGUCUCAUGACUAGCUUGUAUUAUGCAUUUGCAGGCGUUCGACUCAUGGGAAAUUGGCUUUUUCCUUUCUGUACCUCGUAUGCCUUCGUAGCGUUACCGUAUUAAGCCAUCCGCCUCUU